GAGGCAGACGAUGAAGAACAAACCGAUCAAGUCUGGUUUCAAAAUUUGGAGCCGCUGUUGCCUUCGUGGGUAUACCUAUAAGUUUGAGAUCUAUCAAGGAGCUCGCUUUGGGGAAAAGCAAAAAAGAUCUCGUAAUAACGAGGCGGUGGAGAGAGUUGUCGUUGAUCUUUGUCAACCCCUGACAGAUCAAGGUUUCGUAGUGGCCUUUGACCGGUUCUUUACGAGCAUUGCCCUCCUGGACAAGCUCCGCGAGAAUGGUGUCAACGCCGUUGGAACGAUUCUUCCAAGUCGGGUCAACCAGCCCAUCAUGACGAAGAAUGAGUCGAACCUGCGGCCGGACGAAUUUGCAGCCAAGUUCGGUGGUGAGCCCGGAACAUGCCGAAAGGGAAUCUUCGUAUGGAGAGACACUAAGGCGUUUCGGGUCGCUUCCAACUAUCACGGCUCAGAUAUUGUCAAGGUCAGGAGAAAGCAGCGUGAUGGUUCGUUCCGAUCCAAGUCUUGUCCAAAGGCUAUUGACGAUUAUGUCAAUAACAUGGGCGGUGUAGACACGGCGAACCAGCUGCGUUCUUACUACGAGAGAGACCGUAAAGCCAAAAAAUGGUGGCACCGUCUCUUAUACUCUCUCUUGGAGACAUGUCUGGUGAACAGCUGGAUAUGCUUCAAUGAUAUGGUCGAGGAAAAUUAUCUGGAGAGUUACGAAGUUCAGAUGCCGUUUCUCGAGUUCAAACGGAACGUCACGAUGGGUCUUUUGUCCCACGCCCUGAACGAAAAUAAAACCAAAGCUGGUCGAGCCGGGCGAAUGAUGCCAACCAUUCACCCUUCCGCUGAACCAGGAGCAAAGCGGCGGAAAAGUCGACUGAGUGUAAGGGACGACAUUCGGUUCACUUGUGUGGGCAACCAUCUACCCAUCUUUGGGGAGGCGAGAGGCAGGUGCGAGUGGUGCCAGGCAACGACACCCAAAAAAUUGGAAUCAAGACCAUUCUCAAAGUGCAAACAAUGUAAUGUGUUUUUGUGCCUCGGGAAGAAGAUAAAUUGCUUUGUCGAGUAUCACGAUGAUAAUUACACAUCUGAGGAGGCUCCGCUGGACGAGGUGGAAGCUGUCUAUUCCGCUUCGGAGGAAUCAGACGGCCAAGCUUCUGACCAUGAGCCAACCAACAAGGAGUGUUCUUCUUCAUCCGCUGAUUCCGACGAUCUAGAAUAUUCUAACCGACGUGAAGGCUAUUUGAUUGAUGAUUAUGAUGAUUUCCAACAAUAAAUUUGUGUUUUUUCUUACG